AUGAAUCACACAGAACAUGAAUCAGUAGUCAACUCCUCACCCACUACUACUACUACUAAUACUCCUCUAGCCAGCAUUGAUGCUUCCAUUAUUCUUGGACAAGAUAGUUUUGAAUUAUUAUCAGAAAUGAUGAAAUCUAUGUGUAAAGCAGAUGAUUCAACGCCAACACCAACACCAACGCCGCCAACAUCAUCAUCAGCCAAUCAAAUUUUCAAUGUAGAACAAUCAUUUCUAUCUAGUCAUUUAUGUUCUAUGGAUAAAUGGACAGCAAAACAAUGGUUUGAUAAAUAUUUAAUCUGUAAACUAAUUGAUUUAUUAGAACAAAUACCAUAUUGUUGUUAUAAUAAUAGUAGUGAACGUUGUUUACGAAUGAAAGCAUUUCUUGACUUGGAUUAUGAUAAUGGUUGUUUUGAUGAUGUCAUCAAA